AUGGUGAUGCACUCCAAGAUCAAACUACCAAUGCCUAAUGAUGGCGUACGCGCCGUGGCGACGCCCGUCGCGCGAGAGCCGCUGCUGCAGCAGCAGGACGCAGCAGCACCGCCGCAGCCACACGAGGCCGGCGAUGGGCAGCCGCUCGACGCCGCGGGCGCCCGUGUCGCCAGCAGCUUCCCGUGGCUGCCGGCCGCGGGGUUCGCGUACCUGACGUUCAGCUCCGGGAUGGCGCUACACCGGUGCUGGCCGGACCAAGGCGACGUGGCGUUCGUGGUGUCGGCGUACGCCGACCUGCUCCUGCUCUUCUGGUGCCUGCGGCGGUACGAGCGCGCGGAGCCCGGGUCGUCCCUCAGGGAGUGGCUGAAGCUGGCGGUGUGGCUGCUCACGUCCGCGCUCACGCUCCUCUUCUCGUACAAGGUGGCCGCCGUGAUGCCGGCCGCCGUCGCGGCGGUCGUCUGGGUCAUGGGCCUCGCCACCAUCUGCGGUGGGUUCCUCGCAUUCUUCUGCUUUCAGAAGAAGACGUGA